AUGAUUGUUCACAAGAUUACCGCAACGAAGUUUCAAGCUGCGAGCUAUCUACUUGGAGUCGCAUUAUUCUCCAUCUCGUUUCUGGUCUUUCUGAAUGCAUCCAUCUCUUUUGUUGUCACGGACGUCAUCGGUCGCAAGCAUGGCGUGGGCGAUGUAGUUGGAACACUAGGCUUUGCGGACGAGCUUGUCGCUUUGGUUGCAUGUCCGCUCUGGGGAUUGUUAAGCGAUAAGAUAGGAGUAAGAAAUGUGGCUGUGAUCGGAUAUUUGAUCAUUGGCGCCAGUCUCAUGCUACUGGUGCAGAGCCACAAUGUUUACCCACAGUUAUUGCUUGGUAGGAUGGCAUUCAGCAUUGGAGGCGCCGCUUGCUCGACUAUGGUCACCGCUAUUCUACCUACAAUGACCGCCGAACGAAAACAGGAUACCUCUUCGGAAGUCAACCAAUCCUAUGGAGAAGGCCUCGCUACGCCGGCAGAUCCCAAUGCCCGACACUCGGGUGCUUUCAGCAUCAGUAGCGAGGUUACUAUUACACCUGCACGCUACGUGCAGAGACCGCCANAUCUCAGACGUCGAUCGCAGAAACGCCGCUUUGCUGCAGACCCGACCACGCCAAAGAAGUCGGAUCUCAGCCAGCUUGCUGGUUAUGUGGGCAUGUUUACCGGAAUCGGCGCCUUGGUAGCCGUUGGUAUCUUCCUACCACUUCCUGUCAAGUUCUCUGGAAGGGGCGUCGCUCAGACAGAGGCCGUCAAAGACAGCUUCUACGUUGUCGGAAGUGUGUCGAUCGUCGUUGCCGUGCUGGUCGCCCUGACUCUCCGUGGACUGCCAGGUGAAGAGGACAAAGGCUUCUACAGACUCUUCUAUUCCGGAAGGAGUACCGAAGAACACGACACCAACGAAGUAGAAAAUGUGUACCCUCUGCCAUCAUACUAUCAACUUGUCCGUGCCGCCGUCGUGCUUGGCUUCACCGACUCUCGGAUCGCAUUGGGCUAUCUAGGUGGCUUCGUCGCCAGAGCUUCUUCAGUCGGGAUAUCGCUAUUCAUCCCACUUUUCGUCAAUGCCUACUUCAUUCGCGAAGGUCUUUGCUCAAAUGAUCCAAGCGAAGACAUCAAAUCCAGCUGCAAGCGCGCGUACACGCUUGCAUCAAUGCUCACCGGAUUCUCGCAGUUGACUGCGUUGCUGGCAGCACCUUUAUUCGGCUGGUUCAACGGCUAUAUGAGCAACAAAGGCCAGCAGCUAUCAUACUUCCCUCUAGGCCUGGGCGCCAUCGCCGGCAUCAUUGGAUGCAUUUCAUUCGGUCUACUCGAUAACCCUGACCCCUUCCAUGGAAGCGCCGAUGGCAAGGGUGCAAUCCUAGCCGUGAUUCUACUUGGCUUUAGUCAGAUAUCAGCUAUCGUAUGCUCAUUGGGUAUCCUAGCAAAGGGCAUACAAGCCUCCACACCCUCAAACUCUGCAUCUCCAUCCCCAGAACCAGAUACCUUGCCUGAAGGACAAGAGUCCUCCACCUCAGCCACCACACCAGCAGAAGAGCACACAGAAACCGCUCCUUUGCUACCCACCGUCAACGAAACUUCUGCACCACAACCAACCACCGAGAUCGACAGAAACCAACUCAAAGGCACAAUCGCAGGCGUUUAUUCCCUAGCCGGUGGUAUAGGCAUUCUGCUUCUCACAAAACUAGGCGGUGUGCUAUUCGACAAGACAAGCACGGGUGCACCAUUCUACAUGCUCGCAGGCUUCAAUGCUGCUUUACUUGUUGCAGUCAUCGUUGUAUUCGUCGUACAGAGAUUACGGAAAGUUACCGUUUCUGAUGUAUGA